GCAGUUCCCAGAUUUGUUUUGUAUCGACUUUCACACUGGCUGAGCUCUCUCCUCUUAGAACAAACAACUUGUCAGCUGCGUGACUGUGCAGUUUUUGGAACUUAAACUGCACUGGAAUUCCGGUUCGACAUCCAUGAGGUGCAGUGGUGGUGCAUGUGUGUGUUACGUAAGUUGGUUGGUAUUAUAGCUGAAGAUGGCCACGCCCACAAUGGAGAAGUUCAACUGGUACUGUGGGGUGAACAGCACAGUCACCCUGGACAACUUCACUUGGGAUCUAACCCACACCCUCUACAAUACCUGCUUCACCGAUCUCGUCUACACCGUGCCGCAUCUUCUCUUCAUCCUCCUCUCCAUCUUGGUGUUGUUCAUUAGCGGAUGCUGCACGACGCUCCGGCAUAAGAAAUACGAUCAUCUCAUACCAUACCCUGGGCACUACCUCCGCUGGACUGUUUACAUUCUACUGAUGCUUCAAGGAGUGCUUGCGCUCGGGGAGAGCCUCCUGACCGUCUUGAAUGAGCCUCAAGACGUCCCAACCAGACCACACCUUUACGUACCUGCUGUGCUAGCCCUCGCUGCAUCUCUUCUCUCAUUGAUUUACUACCAUCACGUGGAGGUCUGGAAUAAGCCGACCAUGUUGUGGCUCCUGCUGCUGUUCUGGACAACAGCGCUGGGAUCAGAGAUACUCAGGUUGUUGAAUUAUGAUGAGGAUGCUGACGUUGAUUUCACGCUGAUGAGAGCGCUGCUGAAUGUCUCUGCCAUUGCUCUCUAUGGUGUCCUGUUGUUACUGGAGAUAAAUGCCAUCAGGUGUAAGGUUUUGAAAUGCUGUGCACAAGAGGAGCCGUUUCCAGAAGAUCUGAAGCGUCCCGACAUGUACUUCAUGCAGGGCUACUGUAACUUCAUCUCCAUGUUCACUUAUUCCUGGCUCAGAUGGGUCUUUGUCAAGGGAUACAAGAAGAGCUUAGAGUUUGAUGACCUUGGAACUCUGACGGAGGUUCAUACUGCCAAGUAUCACAGGGACCGCUUCAACAGAGCUUUUAAGAUGGAGCAGAAACGAGCCGAGGCUAACAAUACAUCCAUCAGUCUACUGCGUAUUUAUACACGCGCGUACGCUAGGGAGAUGGUACCGGGAUUCCUGUGUAUGCUGCUUGGCAACACUGUCAUGUUUGCCCCUCCGUUUAUUGUAGCGGCCAUUAUCAACUAUGUCACUAGGCUGAGUGAUGCACAGGCAUUUGUUACGAAGUACGUGCCUGCUACAGACUUCUUCAGCAAUGGCUUUGUGUUGGUAGUGCUGCUGUUCCUAGUGUUGGCAACCAGGGGAAUAGCUCUUCAUGGGAACUACCACCUGGUCAUCCAAGCAUCUGUGCAUGUCCAGAGUGCAUUGCAGGCGGCUGUUUAUGACAAGUCACUGCGUCUGUCCAGCUACACCAUGACUGGGGGCGCCAUGACACAGGGUCAGAUCACCAAUCAUAUGUCAGUGGAUGCUAUAAACGUCUUAGAUGCAUUCCAGAUGAUUUGUUACGCAUUAAUCGUACCCUACCAAUGCGUGGGCUACUUAAUCAUCUUGUACUAUCAGCUAGGCGUCUCUGCCUUGAUUGGUUUCUGCAUGGUCUUAGUAAUAGUUCCAAUGCAGUCUGUCAUUGCAAAGAAGGCUGGUGUGUUCCAGAAACAAGCUUUGGAAAGAUCUGAUGAGCGACUGAAGCGAACCAAUGAGCUCCUUCAAGGUAUCAAGUUGAUCAAGCUGUACGGAUGGGAAGACAUGUUCUAUGACGCCAUCAGUAAAGUACGCACCCGGGAGAUCAUCGCACUGGCCAAGCAAAUGGGAACAAAUGUGUUUCUUGUUACACUUUCAACUGCCUGUCCGAUCCUUCUGACUUUAGUGUCUUACAGUUUGUACACCAAACUGACCGGUCUCCCUCUGACCCCAGCCGUGGCCUUCUCCUCCCUAGCAGCCUUCAAUCAGCUACUCCUGCCCAUCUUUAUUUUGCCCUUUGUGCUGAUGACCACCAUUAAUGGAGUGGUCAGUACCCGACGGCUCAAGGUGUUCUUAGCGGCCCCUGAAAUAGAGGACAUUAUAGACAAUCAGCCUACGAUCAAGAAUGAGGUUGAAGUUCGCCAGCCACGACACAAGGUGUACAUCAAUAAGAAACCUGAAGAUAGAAGGAGGUUACUGUCCAACCAAGAUCAUGUUGAUAUCACUGCCACACCACCAUCAAGACUGCCAGCCGAUGUGGCUUGCCAGAUAAACGGAAGUUUCUCCUGGAAUGAAACAGCGAGUGCACCAACACUUCCAAACAUUCAGCUAGACAUUCCAGCAGGAAAGCUGACCAUGGUCAUUGGUCAGGUUGGGUCUGGAAAGUCAUCUUUGCUGGCGGCCAUUCUUGGUGAAAUGACCACAGUGUCUGGUGGAGUACAAUGGAAUGAGAAGUGCAGUACCAUUGCAUACGGAGCGCAGAAAGCUUGGCUUCUGAAUACCUCACUUAAAGAGAAUAUACUCUUUGGAACAGAGUGUCAAGAUAGCAGAUACAAGAAAGUGAUAGCUGCGUGCUCCCUGCAGCCAGACAUCGACAUCCUUCCAGGAGGUGACCAGACUGAGAUUGGAGAGAAAGGAAUCAACAUGAGUGGUGGACAGAAACAACGAGUCAGCGUCGGUAGGGCCCUGUACAGCUACAAUGAUGUGGUCAUCCUGGAUGAUCCCCUCUCAGCCCUUGACAUGCACGUUGGCGCUCACCUCUUCAAGGAAGGCAUCGAGGGAUUCUUGAUGAGAAAAAGCAAACGUACCGUCAUCCUGGUCACUCAUCAGACGCAGUACGCAGAGAAAGCAGACAAGAUUAUUUACAUGAAAGACGGUCGCAUCGAGAACCAGGGCAACCUGGAGGAGAUCCGAGAAGCCAACCCGGAACUCGCUGCCUCCUGGAUCUCGGCUGUCUCUACCUCUCGCCCCGAUUCUGAUUCUGAAAUGUCAGCUACAGAGGAAAGGGCGGAGCUUCUUCGACAGAUAUCAGUCCAUGAGAAAGAGGAGAUGAUGACAACCGACAAUAAAACAGAAGAGGGUCGUCUGGUUCAGGAUGAGGAGAGGGAGAAGGGGUCAGUGUCCUGGAGGGUCUACCUCUCCUACAUCAGUGCCAUCGGUUACUUUGCCUUCCUCUUACUCUGCCUGUUUGCCGUGAUACAGAACGGCCUGCAGAUCUGGACAAACCUCUGGCUCUCCCAGUGGUCACAGGCCGGAGAAGAUUCUGCUAAUAAUAAUACAGAGAAACCUCCUUUACAGUACUAUCUGAUUGGAUACGCCGGCCUCUCUGUCAGCAGCAUUGUGACUGGGACUAUAAGUACUGGUAUCAUCUUCAUGUUCUCUCUGCUGGCCGGCAGGAGGCUUCAUAACUCCAUGCUGAAAACUAUCAUGCAUGCACCAAUGAGGUUUUUUGACACCACACCCAUUGGACGCAUCCUGAAUCGCUUCUCGUCUGACACUAAAGUUAUUGACCAGCUUCUUGGAAACACCCUCAAAGGUUUCGUGAAUUAUUGGCUUGCCUGCAUCGGUGCGAUCGUUGUCAACGCUGUCGUCACCUGGUACUUUGCCGUGACUCUCAUCCCAUUCAUUUUCAUCUACUUCCUCAUCAUGCAUUACUUCCUGAGGACAUCAAGAGAGUUGCAGCGUCUGACCAACAUCAGCAAGUCACCAGUCUAUGCUCAUUUCUCAGAGACUCUGGGAGGCCUAUCAACCAUCAGGGCCUACAAACAGCAAGAACGUUUCCGGACCGGGCUGAUCCAGAAGAUUGAGAAGAAUAACAUCAUGUUCAUGUACUUGAAUACGAGUAAUAGAUGGCUAGGAGUCAGACUGGAGUUGAUUGGUGCAUUUAUUGUGCUGUUGGCGGGUCUUUCCACAAUGAUAGCAGCAGCUCAAGGUUUACUGCUCCCAAGUCUAGUAGGCCUCGCUAUUUCCUAUGCUUUAAGUGCAUCAGGGCAGUUGAACUGGAUGUUACGUGCAACGGCGGACCUUGAGAUGCAGUUGAACUCCAUUGAGAGAGUGCAAUAUUACCGCAAUGUCGAGACUGAGAAAUAUAGAGGUGCUCUGACGCCAAAUCCUAAUUGGCCGGAGAGAGGAGAGAUUGUUUAUGACGGUGUGUCGGCUCGUUACGACACGGAACUCGACCCAGUCCUACAAAACAUCCAUGUUCGUAUUCAACCGGCUGAAAAGAUUGGUAUUUGUGGUCGGACUGGCAGCGGUAAAUCCUCCCUUACUUUGACUCUCUUCAGGAUUAUUCAGACGUACAAAGGUAGUAUAUCAAUCGAUGGAAUCAACAUUGCCAAUGUACCCCUCGUUGAGCUGAGGGGACGUCUGGCCAUCAUUCCUCAAGACCCAGUCCUGUUCAUUGGAACUGUCAGGUAUAAUCUAGAUGCGAGGGGUGAGCAUGAUGAUGAUGCAUUAUGGGAAGCUCUUGAGAUCGCUCAGCUGAAAGGCCUGGUGUCGGAGUUGGAUCUCAAACUGGAUGCGAUGGUGACUGAAGGAGGAGAGAAUUUUAGCGUUGGUCAGAGGCAGCUCUUCUGUUUGGCUCGUGCCUUCUUGAGGAAGACUCGCAUCCUUGUCAUGGACGAGGCCACUGCAUCCAUUGACUUGGAAACGGAUAGUAUACUGCAAGCUGUCGUGGCCACUGCCUUCAAAGACAGAACUGUUCUCACUAUAGCACAUCGAGUGCAGACAAUCCUUGACUCUGAUCGGAUCCUAGUACUCAAUGAGGGUCGGAUAGCCGAGUUUGACACGCCGGACGCUCUACUGACUCAAGAGGACAGUAUUUUCACCUCACUAGUAAACGCUGGCACAUAAGGCAGAUGCAGGAAGUUAUGAACAGUGCGAACCAGGCCCUUCAUAGAACUGCUUAAGCACAAAAUAAGCUAAGCAAAAUUAUGCUUACAAGAAUAAGGUUACCA